AUGAUGCGAAACUCCUUCUCCCGGGUCGCGCAAGCGCCUGGAGCACGAAUCUCGAAUGCGACGCGGCGAUACAAUCAUAACCAGCCGAUUCUUGGAGUCAACUACACCAAGCAGAUUGAAACGCUCAGUCUGUUGAAGCGCCAAUCCCAAAGACCAUUGACGUUGACCGAGAAGCUCCUCUACAGUCACCUCAUCACCGGUGACAAGGAAUGGGAUCUGGAGACUAUCGAGCGCGGCAAGACAAUUUUGGAGCUGAGGCCCGACCGGAUUGCCUGUCAUGAUGCGACUGCAACAAUGGCUCUCCUGCAAUUUAUUAGCGCAGGCCUCCCUCGGGUGAUGGCGCCCACAACAGUACACAGUGAUCAUUUAAUCAUUUCAGAGAAAGGUGCCUCCGAAGACUUGUACCGUGCAGCCUCUGAGCAUGCAGAGGUAUAUGACUUCCUGAGCAGCGCUUCAAGGAAGUACGGUAUUGGUUUCUGGAAGCCUGGAUCCGGGAUCAUUCACACUGUGAUCUUCGAGAACUAUGGAGUCCCCGGCGGACUGAUUAUUGGAACUGACUCGCAUACGCCGAACGCAGGUGGCCUGGGGAUGUUUGGAAUUGGAGUUGGCGGCUCAGACGCCGUGGACGCAAUGUCAGGGAUGCCGUGGGAACUGGUCGCCCCGAAGGUGAUUGGUGUCCAUCUCACUGGCCAGCUCAGUGGAUGGACAUCAACCAAGGAUAUCAUUUGCAAGUUGGCUGGUAUAUUAUCAGUCUCUGGCGGGAAAGGUUCAGUGAUUGAGUUCUUCGGCCCAGGGACUGAGACUUUGGGAGCGACUGCCAUGGCUACUAUCUGCAAUAUGUCCGCAGAGAUUGGCUCAACAUCGUGUAUCUUCCCGUACUCUGAAGCUAUGGGUCGCUACCUUGGUGCCACAAACCGUGAUUAUGUAUCCAAGGCCGCUCUUGGGGUCAAGGAGACCCUCUUGACAGCCGACGAGGGCUCAGACAACUACUAUAACCAGGUUAUUGAGAUUAACCUCGACACACUCGAGCCACACAUCAACGGGCCUUUCACGCCAGACCUGGCUCAUUCUAUCUCCGAGCUGAAGGGCGUCGUUACCGAAAAAGACUGGCCAACAAAUUUGAGCCAUGCCAUGGUGGGAAGCUGUACCAACAGCUCCUACGAGGAUCUUGAUAAGACUCGACAGCUAGUCGCUCAGGCAAAACGAGCUGGGGUUGGAAAAUUCAAGGUUCCUUUCCUGCUGACCCCUGGAAGUGAACAAAUCCGCGCCACUGCAGAAGCAGAUGGGAUCUUGGAUGAGCUUCGGGAGGCCGGUGCUGUUGUGCUUAGCAGCUCAUGUGGCCCCUGUGUUGGAUCUUGGGACCGAAAAGAUGUGGACGUCAAAGGGAAAGAGAAGAACUCGGUCAUCUCGAGCUAUAAUCGCAACUUCAUCGGUCGUCAUGACAGCAACCCUUCCACGCAUUCCUUUGUCACUUCGCCAGAGAUGGUUACUGCAUUUGCGUACUCAGGACGUCUUGACUUCAACCCCUUAACCGAUAGCAUCCCCGUUGGAGAAUCAUCAUUCCUGUUCCAACCCCCCACAAAUCGCGAGCUCCCCGCCCAUUUCGAGAGUGGAAAAGACACCUUCCAAGAGCCACCCUCCGACGCAUCCGGAUUGUUCGUUGCGGUGAAUCCCGAAUCAGACAGACUUCAGCUUCUCACGCCCUUCAACGCAUGGCAGCCAAAAUGCGCCGAAAAGAUGGAGCUUUUGACCAAGGUAGCUGGCAAAUGUACCACUGACCACAUCUCCCCGGCUGGUCCAUGGUACAAGUACCGAGGCCACUUGGAGAAUAUCAGCAACAAUAUGCUCACAACCGCAACAAACGCAUUCCUGCCCAACACCCCACAAAACUUGGGUCACACACGCAACCCCGUGACAGAUCAAGUCCAAGUCGUCCCUGAGGUCGCACGGGAGCUGCAGAAUCUCGGUAUCCGCUGGUGUAUUGUUGGGGACCAUAACUAUGGAGAGGGUAGCUCACGCGAGCAUGCAGCCUUGGAGCCGCGUUUCCUUGGAGGGGUUGCUGUUAUUGCCCGUUCCUUUGCUCGUAUCCAUGAGACCAAUCUCAAGAAGCAGGGUAUGCUUCCCUUGACGUUCGAUGACCCGGCCGACUAUGAUCGGAUUGCAGAAGGUGAUCGCAUCACACUAGUCGGUGUCGAAGAUGGGGAGUUCCAGCCUGGGAAGCAGGUUGUUAUGGAGGUUGAGCCGCGUCAAGGUCAAGCUUGGGAGGCUCUGUUAAAUCACAGCUAUCACCCGGGCCAGAUUUUUUGGCUUCGUGCUGGAAGUGCAUUGAACCACAUCAAGGCCACUUUGCUCCAGUAA